AUGAUAGACUCAUUUUGCAGGAUGAUAACAUUAUCAAAGCUGCCACAAUUGUCUCUAUUCGCCGCAGUCAUCGCAUUUGUUUUAAUCGCUGCACAUCCGAAAUAUCAAUCGCAUGGUAAUGCGAGUUCGCUAAAAGAGGCUCAUCUGAAGCAAUGUUCAAGCGUGCCGAAUGCGGAUGUGGUUUGGGAUGUUUCUAUUCAUCAGCACGUGGAUGUGCAGCAUGCUGUUCGCUAGGACUCUGA